UGCAACUGUAGAAAAUGAACCAUAUGAAGACAGUGAUGACAUGUCAGAUGAUAUGUCAGAUGGCCUUUUAACUAAAUCAUCUGACUCAUUCUCAUUUCUCCAAAAUUUUGAAAUCAUCACACAGUCCCAUCCUACUUAUCUUCUUCUCCAUGCUAUUUACAAAAAUAAAAAUAAAACUUAUCCACCAUCUGAAGAUGUAUGCUAUCACAAACCACUUCCAAUACAGAACUAAGACAUCGAAGAAAAUAUGUUUGCAUGUUAUUUGCUUAGAUCCGAAAUGUUGUUGGAGUGUUCGAGAUGUAAAACUACAUGGCGUAACAAUGUUUCAAAUCAGAAGAUUCCGGCCAGCUUACACAUGCUCUAUUGAUUACAGACAAGGCAAACAUAGACAGGCAUCUGCUAGUGUGAUAGCAAAUAUUAUUGCACACAAAUACCUUGAUGCUUCCAGUAAACCAUACCCCCCAAAGCAAAUUCGUGAGGACAUGAGUAUGCAGUAUGGAAUUUCCAUGUCAUACAACAAAGCUUGGAAAGCACAGAAGAAAGCAAUGCAACUGCAAUUUGGUUCUGAUCUUGAAUCCUAUCAGCUUUUGCCUUCAAUGGCUUAUGUGUUUGAGAAAACAAAUCCUGGCUCUAUGUUUAAUCUAGUCACAGGGCAGGAUGAUGCAUUUUCUACCUUUUUUAUGUCAUUUAAACCAUUGAUAGAAGCUUUGCCCUACUGCAGACAUGUUCUUAUAUUGGAUGGUUCUUUCAUGAAGGCAUACUAUAAAGGCACUCUCCUUACAGUUUGUUGCCAAGAUGCCAAUGGUCACAUAGUUCCUAUUGCAUUUGGUAUUUGUGGUUCUGAAACUAAAGCUUCUUGGAAAUGGUUCUUAUCCAAAGUUUGUCAAUCAAUAAAGUACAGACAUGACCUGUAUGUAGUAUCUGAUGGGCAUAAAGG